CUAGAUGGCGGUACACGACAGCCCAACCGGAGCUCUCGCGUUUUCUCGCGAUUUCCACGCUACUAGCCGUCAGCGCUGCAUUGGAGCCAGUUUAAACUCGCUUUUCCCCAAUAAAACUAGAGGAAUUUGCAUUUGGCAGACGCUGUUAUCCAGAGGGACUUAUAAUUGGAUUAUUUUUACACAGACUGAACUUCAGCCAUGGUCUGCAUCCCCUGCAUCGUCAUCCCCGUCCUCCUGUGGGUCUAUAAGCGAUUCCUGGAGCCCAUCAUCUACCCGUUCAUCUCCCCGUUCAUCAGCCGCUUCUGGACCAAAAAAGCAGUUCAAGAGACGGGCACAGGAACGGGCACAGGAACAAGCACAGGAGCGGGCAGCGCCACCUGCAAGGCGGAGAGUAACGGGAACGCGGACGUCUCGAUGGCUAACGGACCGACAACGGCCUCUGACAAGAAGAAGGACUGACGCCACACGUUGUGCGAUGACGUGUCGUGUUCUAUGUGUCUUGCUGUAGAUAUUUUAACCAUAGAUAAAUCUGCAUUAACCAUGAUGUCCUGGUUUAAUGACGUUGUUGGACCUGGUCUGUUCACACGCACACAUUUAAUUCAGAUUCUUUCAGAAUUUCCACUGAUGAGUUCACCGACUUGUGAAGAUGUAAUAUAUUGACUCUGUGCACUGCUGCUUCUUCAUUCCCUGAUCAGGCUUCAGUUUGAGAAGACUUGGUGUGCUUUUACUUCUGUAUCUUUCCAGAAUAAUCUGAAUUAGUAUGUAAUGAGAAAUAAAUAUUUAAAUUAAACUGGUUUGAGCGUU